AUGGCAGAACGACCAGAGGACUUGAACUUGCCCAACGCUGUCAUCACUCGGAUUAUUAAAGAAGCACUUCCUGAUGGAGUAAAUAUUUCCAAAGAAGCUCGAAGUGCAAUAUCUCGAGCUGCAAGUGUGUUUGUGCUGUAUGCAACAUCAUGUGCAAAUAACUUUGCAAUGAAAGGAAAGAGAAAAACACUGAAUGCUGGAGACGUUCUCUCAGCCAUGGAGGAAAUGGAGUUCCAGCGAUUUGUAGCCCCUUUAAAAGAAUCACUGGAAGUUUACAGGCGAGAGCAAAAAGGAAAGAAAGAGGCAAGAAAGGAUAAAGACAAGAAGGCAGACUCUGAGGAACAAGACAAAAGCCGAGAGGAGGAGAACGAUGAUGAUGAUGAACGAAUGGAGGAAGAGGAACAGAAUGAAGAGGAAGAGGUGGAUAACUGAGCCUCCUGGAGAGAUGUGCACUGGGGCUGGACUCUUGGCAUAGGGACAUAAAUGUUGUAAAUCAACUUUGUGCCCCUCUGUUUUUUGGUAAAGCUCCACACUGUUCCUGGGGCUUGUUCACUCCUUGCUUUAACUUUCAUGCAAGAGGGGAACUGAUGAGUCUUCUACAGCUUUUACAGUGAAAGAGAACCUCUUGCUGGUGGCACAGGGAUCUUGGCAUUGUCUCCUUACUUCUGAACAGCCACUGAUGUAAUUGACUGUGGGCUUUAUGCUGGAUUUAUUCCAAAAUGCAGCAUUCAAGAUUCCCACUGAGGAAGCUGGGCAGAAGAACCUACAUGAAAAUGCUGAAUAAGCCUGUUUUACUAACUGGGUCCAAGUCUGAAUUUGAUAGGCCUUAAGUUGGGUUUAAGUUUUACAUAAUGUUGAUGCCUUAAUGGUUUAAAGGCUGAACACAAAAUUUUUUUGUAUAUGGGGAGAAGAGGUUCCUAGCUGCAUCCCUUUAUUUUCUUUAAUUCUGGCUGUGCCUUCUCUUUCCAAAUGUGACAGUGACACCCUUAUUUGGUUGCAACCUUGACAGUGAUCUGCAGUAAGACCAUUCAGCAACCAGUUCUCUACAGGAUUGACUCUUCUUGCCUAGGAUCAAUCGCAUUCAAAGCGUUUUACUGUGCUUCUGCAAUGUAAUUUAAUACCCAAAGUAUUUGUUUUUGGUUUGGGGGUUUGUUUGUUUCAAAUGCUGUGAGGCCAACAGGGUUUUUAUAUUUAAAAAAAAAAAAAAGAAAUCUGAAACAA